CCUAGCUUUGCCUAACAAACGUAGAAACAAUUUUUCGUAUACGUUUAUUACAGAAGUCAGAAUCAACGUUUAGAACAUCACCAUUUCGAAAACUAAACCUGGAUAUAUUUAAGAAAAGAUGGCUGAGAGAAAGGCAGUAAAUAAGUACUACCCUCCGGACUGGGACCCCUCGAAAGGUUCUAUCAACCAAUAUGUCGGUCAACACCCACUCAGAGAGCGUGCCCGCAAGCUGGGCCAGGGUAUUUUGGUCAUCAGAUUCGAGAUGCCCUACAACAUCUGGUGUGGUGGGUGUAACAGUCAUAUCGGUAUGGGUGUCCGCUACAAUGCGGAGAAGAGUAAAACUGGCAACUAUUACUCAACACCAAUCUACAAGUUCCGAAUGAAAUGCCAUCUGUGUGACAACUACUUUGAGAUACAGACAGACCCAAAGAAUCAUGACUACGUCAUCCUAUCAGGUGCCAGGCGGAAGGAACAGAGAUGGGACCCUAAGGAAAAUGAACAGAUUGUUCCAGAAGACAAGGCAACACAAAAGAAGCUGGCUACAGAUGCUAUGUACAAACUGGAACAUGGGUCCGACGACCAUCAAAGAGGAAGAUCGAUUCACCACAACCUGAACCACAUCGAGGAGAGCCGCGAAGACUGGAAGGAAGACUACCUCCUCAACAAGGCCCUACUAGAGAAAUUCAGAGAAGAGAAGAAGGCAAUCAAGGCCAGUGAGUCUAGUGACCGGUCACUACUGGACAAGUCAUCACUGGACAUCAAGCUGCUGGACGAAGAAGACCAGGACCGGAAAAUGGCUGGCCUCAUCAAGUACUCAGUCACAGAGUCUUACGAUGAAAAACAGAAACAGAAGAGGAAGGCUAUUGAAAGUCGUCCAAUAUUUGAACCAAGUAACAAACUGCUCAAAACUGACACAUCUCCAAACAUGCCACAGGCAAGCCGAUCAGCAGUAAUUAAGAAGAAACUUGGAAUUUCUCCAGUUGGAGGCAGCAAAAAUCCAUUUGAUUCUCCAUCCAUGAUUAGGCUGUCAAAGGCGCAUGCUUUAGGCAUCAGGAAAAAAUCAGUAGAAAACCCUGAGCCAUUUCAUUCAAGUAACAAUGGAAGUACAAGAUCGACUGUGAUAUCUUACAGUGAUGUGGAGAGCGAUAGUUCCGGAUCCUACUGCCCUGAAGUGCAGCCCACUUUACAGAGCAACUCAACUGAAACUGCUGGUGUGAAUGUGAUAUCCUUACCAAGCUGUCAAAACAUGGAACAACAGAACAGUAUUCCAAUGGAUUCAAAAUGUGAUAACAAAAUGGAUGUGGGAACAGCUCAAAAUGCGCUGGGUGCUCUCAUUUCUAAUUACAGUGACAGUGAAGAAGAAAGUUAGUAUAUUGAAAAUAAAUGUUCAGGUUAA